AUGAACGCGGAACAAAGCAAGAGUCUGCUUUCUAGCGGGCACCUUUCGGCCGAUCCAUAUAUUAACAACUGCUAUUCCGAAAUGUGUAUGUCGACGACACAAGUUGCUCCACAACCUGGAAAACACAAAAUCGGAUGGGUAAUCGCAGCGAUAUUUAUCAUAGCCGAUAUGGUCGGAGGAGGAGUUGUAGCGAUGCCUGUCGCGUUCAAACUGUCUGGACUUCCUAUGGGUAUUAUCAUUAUGCUUACGGUAGCAGUUAGCUUCGAGUACACUGGAUAUCUUCUUGGAAAAGUGUGGAACAAAAUCAUGGAGAGGAAUCCUCAUAUUGGAGUUUGUCGGAAGCCUUUUCCGGAAAUGGCAAAACGAACAAUGGGAACUAACAUGCAACGGUUUACAUCAGUUCUUGGAAAUGUGACUCAAUUUGGAGUUUCUGUGGUUUAUCUUCUACUUUCCUCGAAUAUUAUCCACUAUUUUUUGAGUCAUGUUCUUCAUUUGGACUCUGUUUCCAAUUGCUUGGUCAUCACUGCUCUGGCUUUUAUCAUCUGGCCCUUCACUUUGCUUGCCAGUCCAGGAGAAUUCUGGAUAGUGAUUGUGUUUGCAAUGUUAACUACAGUCAUCGCUGUUGUUUCUAUUCACACUGGAAUUGCUCUUGACUCUUCUGCUUGCUUCGCUGCUGUCUCUUAUCCUCAAACUACUAGUACAUCAACAGUACUUUCGUUCGGAAUCUUUUUGUUCGCCUUCUCCGGACACUACGUCUUCCCAACAAUUCAACAUGAUAUGAAGAAUCCUAGAGAUUUCACCAAAUCAAUUAUUGCUGGAUUCUUGGGAGUCGUUGUUCUGUAUCUUCCACUUUGCAUUUUUGCAUUUGUGGUCUACGGAGAUUCGAUGGCCGAGUCAGUGAUCUACAGUAUUCAGAGUCCUUUCCUUCAACUUUUGGCAAAUCUGAUGAUUGCAUUCCAUUGUAUUAUGACACUGGUCAUUGUCAUUAAUCCAUUGAAUCAAGAAGUGGAACAUUAUGCAAAGAUAUCUCAUGCAUUCGGAGUCGGAAGAGUGGUUACAAGAACCAUCGUUUUGUUCCUUGUACUCUUUGUCGCACUUACAGUUCCAGAUUUCCAGCCAGUCAUGAAUCUUGUCGGUGCAUCAACGAUUCCAAUGGGUUGUGCUGUCCUUCCAUCUCUUUUUUUCUUAUAUUCUGAAGCAGCAACUGAAGAAGAAUGGAGGAAGGGUAAAAUUCCAACACUGAAAGAAGUGUUGGAGCGAACUGAUAAAACAGUUUUGAUAAUCAAUUUGGUGAUUAUCUUUGGUGCCAUUCUUGGCGGAGUUCUCGGAUCUUAUCAAGGAGUUUUGAAGCUUGUUAAAGCGAAAUUCACACAACCUUGUUACAUUCGUCUCUUCACUGAAACUACUUAUAACUCGACAUUCCAAGUCAAAAAUGUAUGCUGCGGUAUGAAUCGUGACAUCAACGUAUUCAAUGUGACCGACUUCUGCUGA